AUGGAAAAGCCUGAACUUUAUGAAGAAUGUAACUAUAUUCACAAAAGAGAUGUCUCUGAAUAUUUAGAAAAAUUCAAACCAAAAAUGAAAUGGAGAGAGAACAACAACAGGAUAUUAGAUAUAGGAUGCGGGGAUGGCAGUGUCACCAACAUUUUGAAGACGUUUAUUCCUACAGAUUUUAAGUUAGUGGGUUGUGACAUAAGCAAUAACAUGGUAAUGUACGCGUCUCACCAUCAUAGCAAUGAUCAAACAUCUUUCACGGUACUGGAUAUUGCAGGUGACCUGCCUGAAGAUAUAAAAGGAAAUUUCGACCACGUGUUCUCAUUCUAUGCUCUGAACUGGGUUAUAGAUCAAAAGCGAGCUUUCGAAAACAUCUUCAAUUUGUUGGAUAAAGAAGGAGAAUGUUUCAUUAUUUUAGUGGCUUAUAAUCCAGUAUUUGAAGUCUAUCGUACCUUAUCAAAGAACGAGAAAUGGAGUACUUGGGUGUAUGAUGUAGAAAAAUACAUUUCACCGUACCAUGACUCAGAGGAUAUAGACGAUGAAAUUAUACCUCUCAUGGCAAGUGUUGGUUUCGUGGACAUCGAAUUGGAAUGUAAAGAUCGGGUCUUUUUGUUCAGUGACGAACACACUAGAACAAAACUUAUGACAGCAAUCAACCCAUUCCAAAUCCCGAAGAAUAUGUAUGAUGAAUUUAUGCAGGACUACCUAGAAGUGCUGAACGAGAUUGAAGGUGGUCAUAAUAUUAAGGAUACCUGUUCAGCAACACAUCCUACGCUGCAUUAUAAAUCAGUUGUGAUACAUGGUCACAAAUCUUCCGCUUCAUAA